AUGAGCGUCAAAGAGUCUCCAGAGGUGCCUGUGGCGGCACCGCAAGAGAUUGAGGGCAAUGAAUCAGCCGAACAAAAGGAGUCGUCCCAGUUGAUGAGACUGUAUUCUCAUCCUUGGACACAGAUCCUUCUCAUCAGCUUCAUAUGUUUCUGCUUGCCAGGAAUGUUCAACGCCCUCACCGGUCUAGGAGGUUCCGGCCAAGUUGACUCAACCGUCGCAGCAAACGCCCAGGUGGCUCUCCUCUCAACCACCGCCGUGGCCGCCCUUUUCAUCGUCGGCCCCAUCUUCACCUUCGUAGGCCCCAAGAUCUGCUUCCUCCUGGGCGGCUGGACAUAUGCCCUUUACAGCGGCAGCUUGCUGAGCUUCAACCACAAUGCCAACGGAAGCUUCGUCAUCGCCGCCGGCGCCAUUCUCGGUAUCGGAUCCUCCUUCAUCUGGAUCGUACAAGGCGCAAUCAUGACGACCUACGUCCACGAGUCUCAAAAGGGCCGGGCCAUUGCCGUUUUCUGGAUCAUCUUCAACCUUGGCGGCGGCGUCGGAUCACUCGCCGCCUUCGGCCUCAACUUCCACUCCACGACUGGCACCGUCAACAAUGCGACGUAUAUUGCCCUGAUGGUCAUCAUGCUGUUCGGCUGGGCGUUGGGAAUCUUUAUCUGCUCGCCGAAGCGUAUUCGCCUGGCUCAGCUCCAUGCCGCGACCGAGACGGAGAAGCAAUCGAUCAAGGGCAUGUUCGAGAUGUCACUGGCGACGCUGUGCAACUGGCGCGUGGUCUGCAUGCUGCCCCUCUUCUUCUGCGCCAACGUGUUCUACUCGUACCAGCAGAACAACGUCAACGGAAUGACGUUCAACAUCCGGACCCGGUCGCUUAACGGAGCGCUUUACUGGAUGGCUCAGAUGUUUGGAGGUCUUGUGAUUGGCGUUCUCCUCGAUCUCCCGAUGCUGGAACGCCCCGGCCGCGCUCGUCUCGGUUGGGUCGUCUUGUUCGUCACUGGCAUGGCGAUCUGGGGUGGUGGAUACCAGUUCCAGAAGUGGCAGGACGCCCGACAUGCUCAGGGCCUCAUCCAGGAUAUUGACUAUACCCAAGGUUCCAUCUCGACUGGUCCCAUCUUUCUGUACAUCUUCUACGGAGCCUACGAUUCUUUGUGGCAGUCGUAUUGCUACUGGCUCAUGGGAACGCAGUCCAACUCGGCUGGCAGAGCCGCCAUCCUGGUUGGCGCGUACAAGGCUUUCCAGGCUGCUGGAGGUGCGAUGGCUUGGAGGAUCAACGCCCAGCACACAAGUGCCAUGACGCAGCUUGCCAUGAACUGGGGCCUCAGUAUCGGCUCGUUGAUUCUUGCCCUGCCGACGGUGUUGACGGUGACAAAGAGUACCAGCGUGCUGGAGGAGGCUGGGGCCGUGGUUCCCGACGAGAAAGCCGAGGAGAAGAUGGUCGAGUAG